AUGGGUCUUUCAGAUGAAGCGGUUGGGGUGUUCGCGCUUGACUGCUGGUCUUUUCUUUACCUACCGCCCGUCGUCGUCGUGCAGGCGCAGCCGGAAGGUGAAGGCGGACUCUCGGAGGCCCCGGUUUCGCUGGACGGUUCGCAGUACAUGAACGAGUUCUUCGCCCAGGUCGAGGAGAUUCGCAAGUUCAUUGAACGCAUACAAUUCCUGGUGGAAGAUGUGAAGAACAAACACGGUGACAUCCUCUCCUCACCGAACCAGGAUGAGAAGACAAAGGCGCAGCUGGAGGAGGCGAUGGCCGAAAUCAAGAUGCUCGCCCACAAAGUUCGAGCAAAGCUAAAACAAAUGGAAAUGAAUAUUGAAUAUGACGAAAACGCAGACAAGUCAUCAGCGGAUUUGAGAAUACGGAAAACGCAGUACUCCACAAUUUCCCGUAACUUCAUCGAAGUAAUGACAGACUACAAUAAAGCCCAGGUUGCCUUCCGAGAUGCCUGCAAGAACCGGAUUAAACGUCAAAUGGAAAUCGCCGAAAGAAAAAUAACCAACGAGGAGCUCGAGGAUAUGCUCGAAUCCGGAAAUCCCGCAAUAUUCACUCAAGAGAUUAUGACGGACACACAGCAAGCCAAGCAGUCGCUAGCAGAUAUUGAGGCCCGACACGAGGACAUUAUCAAACUUGAGAAGAGCAUCAAAGAGCUGCACGACAUGUUUAUGGACAUGGCGAUGCUCGUGGAGAGCCAGGGUGAAAUGAUCGACAGGAUCGAGUUUAACGUCGACCAGGCCGUAGAUUACAUCGAGACAGCGAAGGCAGACACUAAAAAGGCCGUGAAAUACCAAAGCGCUGCGCGAAAGGUACCUCACUAUUCUGGCCGUUGUUUGUUUUGUGCUUGCUGCUGUGUUGUCCUGACGACCGCAUGUUGUAACUCUGUUGUCUCCCUCUAUGUCAAAUACACUUGUUGUCGUAUUGAAUCGUCCGUCUCAAGAGCCCGGGGUGCUAUUUUGAUUUUGCGAUGCACACGUUGGUAUCAUGUAUUCUGCCUUAUUUGA